CUCUCGCUCUUGUGCAGGCGCAGUGUGUGUGUGACAGUGUGUGCAGCUCGGCUGGCCUCCCCUCCGCACUUGAAUGGACUAGAUUCCCAGCCACGUAAGAAGAAGCACAGCGGCGCACCAGCGGGAGAGCGAGAGAGAGGAUGUCCUGCUGAAUCAAGGGAUAGGCCUGGGAAAGUCGGCCGGCCGUCCCUAUCCUUUCCUUUUUCUUUUAACAGCAGCUCCACGUACAACACAGACGACACUUUUUUUUUUUCCUUCAACCCGUGGUAGACCGAGAGAGAGAGAGAGAGAGAGAGAGAGAGCGAGAGAGAGGACGUCGACUCCGCACGCACACAAAGAGCUUCAGCAUUUUCUGGAUGGGGUUUUCUCCCUGCUGUGGUAGAUGACAAUCGCCGUGCGUGGAUAUGAUCCCGGGGAACAAGGCCGUGCACUGACCUGGUACUAGUUAGCCAAGUAAGCUAACUAGUUAGCUCUGCACCUGCUAGCCAUCUCGUCAAAAAAAUUUCGGCUAAAUUAAGCAGCUAUAUUUAGCUUGCAAAACUUGCUUUAUACAUAUAUAAAUAUUUUUGCUCGUGCAAUUUUUUGGUUUCUGUGCCUGCCAGCUGUAAAUUGUUUCCGUUUUACGAAACGUGCCAUUAACCGGUAAAGAUAAGCUAGCAAACCAGCUGCAGGGUUAACUUAGCACCCCCCCUUCAUUCAUUGUAAAAGCUGACUUUUGGGUAGCCUUUGUUUCAGUCUCGUGCCUCUUCUCGCGCUGCUAACGUUAAUAGAAAUUGCAGCAGGUUUGCACAGAAGGGUUUUUUUGGGGGGGGGGGGCAGCAAUUCUGCCAUUUUUAGCCCGGUCGUAUCUCUUGAAUGGAAAACAAAGAGGGGCAAUUGUACAGUUGAACUCUGCAAGAAUAAUAAUUAUUACAGAGCCUUUUUCUGUUGUUUGAAAACCAGCUUUGCCUGUUGACAGUCUGCCACAUUCCCCAGCAGCCAGGAGCAGUCAAAUCAAUUAUUUGUAUUACUUUAUUCAAGAUUUACUAACAAAAGCGGACAAUUUUUUUCACAUUGCACUGAGUUUAUAACAAAAGUAGUGCCUUAAUAGAGGAGGAGAUCAAAGAAGAACCCCCCCCCUUCAGCCCCAUAUUUUGUGGAGUUUUCACACUUCUUCCUCAUGAACAUACAGAGGUCAAAUCCAAUUAACAUUUCACGUUAUGGGAGGUCGCGGCACAAAUCGCACGAUUUCGAAGAAUUGUCUUGCUUGAGGACUACAGAGACGCACCAGAGCUUCAGCCCCAACCUCGGGUCCCCCAGCCCGCCGGAGACCCCGGACUCCUCGCACUGUAUCUCCCGCAUCGGGGACUACCUUUUGUUGGAGCCGCUGGAGGGAGACCACGUUUUCAGAGCCGCCCACCUGCACAGCGGGGAAGAGCUCGUAUGUAAGGUUUUUGACAUCGGCCGAUACCAGGAGUCACUGGCGGCCUACUUCGCCCUGGGCCAGCACCAGCACAUUAACCAAAUCCUGGAGAUCUUGCUCGGGGAGACGAGAGCCUACGUGUUCUUUGAGAGGAGCUAUGGCGACAUGCACUCCUUCGUCCGCACCUGCAAGAAGUUGCGGGAGGACGAAGCUGCCAGACUCUUCCAUCAGAUAGCCUCGGCUGUGGCGCACUGCCACGAAAACGGACUGGUCCUCCGCGACCUCAAACUGAGGAAGUUCGUCUUCAAGAAUGAGGACAGAAGCCUCGUGAAGCUUGAGAGCCUCGAGGACACUUACAUCCUGGACGGUCACGAUGACUCCCUGUCAGACAAACAUGGCUGCCCAGCGUAUGUCAGUCCUGAGAUCCUCAACGCCAACGGCAGCUAUUCGGGGAAGGCAGCUGAUGUGUGGAGUCUGGGCGUCAUGCUUUACACCAUCCUCGUGGGCCGCUACCCUUUCCAUGACGUUGAGCCGGGCUCUCUGUUCAGCAAAAUCCGCAGGGGCCACUUCAACAUCCCCGAGACGCUCACGCCCAAGGCCAAGUGCCUGAUCCGCUCCAUUCUCCGCCGGGAGCCCGCGGAGCGCCUCACCUCUCGGGAGAUCCUGGACCACCCCUGGUUCGCCUCCUCCGGAGCACUAGGGGGCGCCGUGGCGCACGGCCGAGGAGAAAGGGAGCAGGAGCAGAUGGUGCCUGAGGUGAACAUGGAGGAGGAGCUGGAGCAGUUCUUCAGCUGAGCAAACAGCAAGCACAAAAUCGGACGACUCCGCCACGGUCGGCUCGCCACGCUCACAGCAGAGCCGAAAACAGUAGUUUAGAGAUUAAUAGGUGAACAUUUGUCUCAUAAUAAAGGUGUUUCCAUCCUGUUUCCUUUUCCACCAUUUCAUGGAAAACCUUGAGCCUGGCAUGACAAAUGGCAUCUAUGCGUCACCUGGCGGUGCAGCUCCCGCUCGGGAUGUUGCCGCCAGACAUGCAAGUUGCAAACAAUGUAGCAAAUGUUCUUUUUUUUGGGGGGGGGAGGGGGAUCUGUUUGGUUUAAUGUGGUGUGCAUAAAAGUAGACACAUUCACCAUUUUUGACACUAUGGAAAGCAUGAAGGGACAAAAGAACACAGGAAACCAAGGAGAACAAUUGAAAUCGAACUGACACAGUGCAACACCACACCUUUUCUUACAGAUUUAGUUUUAGCUUUAGGUGGUGUCAAUUUAAACCACAGAUCCAGGGUCAGGAAUCACAACCCCAAGUCCUAUUGUUAAUACAACACGCUGAUCAUCCCUGACCUGGGACCAUUGGGUAAUAAAUGGAGCAGCUUAGGCUUUUUCUCAUCAUCUACAUGGUUUGGCGUCGUCUUUGUUUCAUGGUUAAGUUUUUGUUUUGUCAUCCCAUUUGUCUCAUUAUUUUCUCUCAACUUAACUCCUUGACAGCCUCGUUUUCAGCUUUCACCACACGUCAUUCACCACCCUUAUAUUAAACAUUAUUCUGUCUUUUUUUGUUUUUAAGCUAUUCCACAGUGUUGCGACUGCUGCUUUAAUAUCACUCCCAAAACCUCAACCGUGAACAGUGUUUCUUGUUUUUUUUCGGUAAGCCUCCAAACAUGGCAUCAUGCACUUGAUGUGUUGGACGAAUGGACAAUUCCACCUAUUAAAAAUUAGCUUCCUCUUAUUUAAAUUCAUUCAUUCAGUUGUAGGGACGAGAAGGUAACGUUUAUUUAAAUUGUAACAGCUAUAUAUAUAUUAUAUAUAUAUAAAUAAAUAUAUAUAUUUAAAACUACAUUGCAGGGUUUUUCUUUAUUCAGAGAUUCCUUUUUCAUGUAUGAUGUAGGCAAUAUCUUGACACAGGACAGACUCGAAGACGAAAAUGUCUGAAGUUUUGGAAUACACAACAUCUUCAAAGCCAGUAUUCCGGUGCCUCCCCCCGACAGCCCGCGCCACCCGGUCUCCCUCACUUUUUUUUAAAAACUUGAUACGAGAUAUUCGGUGACAGUAUUGCUGCGACAUGUUGGUUUUCUACUGCCUGCGUAGGUUCUGUGAAACGGUCAUGCUCGGAGUGGGUACCAGUGGACAUGUUUUGUCGUAUCUCAAUGUUACUUGAAUUUGUGUUUUUAUCUAGUCAUUGGCAUGUGCCCCAUGAAUGCUAUAGCCUGCCUAGCAGGGGGGGAGGGGUGGGGGGAGGGUGCUUGUUUUUUAAGAAAAGUUUAGAAAAAAAAAAAACAUGACAUUUCUCAAUUUGCUACUUUUCUGAGUUGCUUUUCAAUAAAUAAAACUUGCUUUUUUUGUUUUUGUAGACUGAGCUACCUUUUAUUUAAGUUGGUGCUGAUUUGGUGCUAUUGUUUAGUCCUUUUGUUUCAUGGAGGGGGGGGGGGGUGGUGGUGCAUGGUGGGAUAUCUGCCUCAGAUGUUCUGAUUGUAUCGUAACAGAUUCUGGUGUUUUGUCCAAAUUUAUUCAGUAAAUAAAUUGUGAACUGCUA